UAUACAAUUUUAAUUUAUACAUUAAAAAAGAAUAAUUUCUUCAAAAAAGUAUUAUUCAAUUCUUUAGAAUUAUAUACUAGAUAAAUGUCCCGUUGAGAGAAAUACAACAAGCGAUAGGUUGAUAGUGUUGUAUUUUUCUCUAAACCAAAACCAAAACUAAAAUCAUAUAGUAGAGAUGCUAUACAUUGCCACAAUACUUUAUCUGGUAACUCUGAUAUACACGUAGUUACUGCAAAAUGAUACUAAAUAUAGUCGUAGCUAUACCCCUAAACCUUGCACCUAAUCUCAAUCAUGACAAUUGUUGCAGUUAGAGUUUCUUUCAGGCGAUUUAGGUUUUGGUUUAGAGAAAAGAGAACACUAUCAACCUAUCAACGGGCCAUCUCGUAGAUGAAUUAUGUGCAUAAUCCGUAUUUUGUAUUCUAACCAGAUCAAGAACAACUCAACUGGUCUCAAUAUCUAGCAAACUUUGUACAAGGUUGUAUCAAAAAUGUCAUAACAUGCAUUAGUGGUAUCAGGAUAAAACUAUCUAGAGGUCAGAGCAGCUGACAUACAAGAUGGCGUCCUGUUCAAGCGACUUGCUACAUGUCAUCACGACCUGCAAGAUUUAAUAUAGAAAUAAUUCCAUGAAAAACUCAGAAUAUCUGGCAACACUGCCAAUGACAGAACAAAGGGUCGGGAUUUAUACAGGCCUUAGGCUCUUCUAGCAGGAAAUGUAGAUUGGCCAGAAUUAAUUAGAUGAUUAUCAUUGGAGAGAGUAUCAACUCCCAAUAAAGAUUACUGUUUUGUAUGUUUUCUUUUUAUUAUCUGUAAAAUAGCUUUAUUAUUUGUCUAUUUCAGCAAGUAUGAAAGAAUGAACGAAGAUAUCAACUAUGGACUUUGAUGGUACAUUAUGGCAUCACGAGGCAGAGGUGGACUGUCUAGAUGAAGCCGACACACUCGGAAGAUUUAGUGCCUGUAGUCAACCGUCCGGUCACGGUCAACUAGUGCCGGUCACGUCGUUCACACAGGACAACCUGCCGGCAGACAUGAUAGACCUACUGGACGCCAUCCUGGCACUGGCUGGUAUCACGGUCAAGCUGACCGUCAAACGUACCAGCCCCCACCGGCCGGAGUUUUUCCCCGACUCAAGACGUCCCUACCCCCACCACAACAGGCGGGGCCAAAGGGUCAUUUUGUACGGGAGUGGUCGAGUGGAUAGCGUGAGCAUCCACCAGCGCGAGCCGUGCCCGUGUACGGGAUGUGUUCAGUCGGGUGAGCCACGAGUGUGUUGGGGAGAAAUCCUGGUCAACACGGCAGCACAUUGCGUGUUUGACACGGUAGAAGCACAACGCACCACCUGCACGUUUGAUUUUGACAGUGCCGACAGCCCAGCGUUUGAUGUGGCUGGGCUCGAGGCUAGAGGGGUGGAUGUUGACGGGGACAGGUGUCUCCUCAGGUGUGUGUCUCACGACGUCGACAAGUUAGCUCCCCUUGAAGCUCGGGUACAGCUGUUCGAUCGCCUGGCUAGCGACGUGUGUGAGAGGUACAAAGGUUGUAAGGACGAGAACAGACUCGCUGUCAUCGUCUCCCACCCACACGGCCGCUAUAAGCGCAUCUCUGUUGGUCAGUGGGUCAACAGGUUACCUAAGGGCAUCAACGACGCCAUGUUUGAGUACACGACAGCAACAUGCCCGGGCAGCAGUGGGGCAUUUGUCUUCAUGCCGGGGAGGGAAGGCUACUGGUCGGACCACGUCCAUAGCUGCUACAGCAGUCAGCUCCAAUUGAAACGUUGUAGUGCUGGGUACGAUGUUUGACUGACGUCAGCUCCAACUGAAACGUUGUAGUGCUGGGUACGACGUUUAACUGACGUCAAGCUCAACUAAAACGUUGUAGUGCUGGGUACGACGU